CUUAAGAUGGCAGAAUUCUCAUACAAGAGUCCUGUAGUCUUAAAGUCGAGGACUAGAAAGAAGUCUGCCCACAUCUACAGUAAUUUAGGAAGUAUAAGCUUCUCAAAGUUACUUAUCCUGGUUUUCUUGAUUUUAUUGUGAAAAACCCAAGAUGGAUUCGUCAAGGUUGAAGGAAGAAACUUUACUCUUAAUGGAGAAAGAUAUACAUAUCUAGGUGCAAAUUAUUGGGCUGGAAUGAACCUGGGAGCUCCUAUGAACGGCAACUAUGCAAGGUUGACCUCCGAUCUAGACCUUCUUCAAUCAAAUGGAGUUAGAAAUUUGAGAAUUAUGGGAAGUACUCAAGGCCCUGAUUAUAAGCCACAUCGAAUAACUCCUUCCCUAGAAUAUGAAUGAGGCAGGUAUAAUGAGGAUACAUGGGAAGGAUUGGAUCUUUUCCUUUAUGAAAUGCACAAAAGAAACAUGAAAGCAGUCAUCCCUUUAAAUAAUUACUGGGGCUGGUCCGGCGGAUUUGAUCAAGUAAUUGAAUGGUUCUUUGGAGAAAAUCAGAAUGAUACAGAGAUUUUUUAUUUUAGAGACAAGAUUACUAAGCAUUAUGAUGAGUUCAUACAUCUCAUAGUAAAUCGCAAAAAUACCGCAUAUUUAAGAUAUGAAGGAAGAACUGUGUAUUACAAAGAUGAUCCAACUAUCAUGUCUUGGCAGCUUGCAAAUGAGCCAAGAAGUAUCAAUUGUAAAGAAUGGGCUAGUUGGAUUUCUGGUAGAAGUCAGUUACUGAAAUACCUUGACUCAAAUCACAUUGUAUCAAUCGGAACAGAAGGAACGAUCACCACAUGACAAAAAUCUGGAAAUGAAGUGCCUACUAUUGACUAUAUAACUGUCCAUGCUUGGGCUCAAAAUUGGGGUUGGUAUACUCCCAGCUCUAGAGAAGGAUUUGAACAGGGAGUUAAAAAAGUCCAAGAAUACAUAUCUGAAAAUAUCAAAGAAAACCUAAAUAUUUCAAAACCAAUAGUCAUGGAAGAAUUUGGGCUAGCAAGAGAUGGACUAUCAUUUGAUCCUAAGGCAACAGUCAAUAUCCGAGAUGACUUCUAUCAAGCAGUCUUUGAUGAAGUCCUUAAAAGAACCCAAGAAGGAAUCAUGGCAGGUGUCAACUUUUGGGCAUUUGGAGGAAAAGGAAGACCUAGAGAGAAUGGUGGCCUCAUGUGGGAGCCAGGUGAUGAUUUCAUUGGUGAUCCUCCUCAUGAGCCCCAGGGAUGGUAUUCUGUAUACGACACCGACCAUUCUACUCUUGAGCUGAUCAAACAGUAUGCUCAGAAAUUUGAAGGUAUUCAAUAA